UUGUUUCAGUUUUGCGCUGUUUUCUUUAUAUUAUGAGCUAAAAAGAAAACUGAUAAUAUUAAAAGUUUGCCUUGCGCUAACAACAGUGCCCGGGUCAUGGCGGGAACUGACCAUAUUCAGGCAGACUUUUAAAAUGUCGUCCUCUCCGCUAUAUUGACGAUGACCUUGGACUGGCUGGGAAAACUAGUAUAAUCUGACUAAUGUAGGCAAUCAAACAUCUCAUCCUGCCACCCGCAACGGGACUGACAAAGAGAAUGAAUAAACAUAUGUCAAUUUUCACUGAUCCAUCCAAACGUUGCAGCUCACAAAGAGUGAGAUCAGGCAUAGCUAGAUUGUGGAAAGCCUUGAAUCAUGGAAGGAGAGCACCAAAAAAGGAGCAACACAUAAUAACUGAGACCGAGUAUGUGAAAGAAGAAAAGUGGUUGAGUUACGAUAAAUUAGCCGGGUAGAAAUUUCAAUUGACCAGUUUUUUGCCGAAAGUUAUUUGCAUUUGGGGGAAUAAAAUGAUUGAAGAGCUCUUUGAUCCUACCCGAUUGAUGUUUAAAGCUCAGUUUACAAAUGACGAUCAAGGUAAACUUUGAAAUCAUAUUUCGUUUCUUAAGAGGUUUCGACACUUGACCUGUAAAAAGACGAAUCAUGGUGUCCUUCUAAACUUGCAAUGAAAGGCAUUACAAUGGCACUGCCUAUAUGUCCGUGCGCUGUCAUCUCACUGAAUCCGCAAACGUGCACGCGAAAUAAAACUUUCGCUUGUGACGUCACUAACAAACGCGACAAGACAACAUCCUGCUCGCUUGGAGGUUAACAGCAUGCUACAACAAAAUCAAAAUGGUUUCGUAGUGGGCCAGCGAUACGCGCCCUAAGCAAUUCGUAAAUUGUAAAGAGCGAGAACGAACAUGUCAGCCAGUCGUCGCUUGUUAGGUGUCCGCAAUGCUUCGUUUGCACCGCAGUUGGGAAUUGAAGGUUUGGUGAUGUCUCUCAGUCCCAGUUCUAAUUCUCGGCCCCAGGCUCAACUCCACGCCUGCACAAUCCGACAUGACUCACUAUUCAAGGCCGUGUGGGACUGGAUUAUACUUGCGCUCGUCAUAUUCACAGCAAUAGAGAUUCCUUUCUCUGUGGCUUUUCUAAUGCCACUACAAAAAGAUGGAGAGAAACCAGAACGCUUGAACUUUUAUAGAGUUACUCCGCUACUUGUCUUCAACCUCGGUGUGGACCUCAUGUUUGUCAUCGACAUUUUCAUAAAUUUUAGGACAACUUUUAUCAAAUUAAACACAGACGAGGUCAUUAGUAAUCCAAAGCAAAUUGCUCUUCAUUAUUUGAAAACCUGGUUUGUGGUGGAUUUUGUCGCAGCUAUACCUUUUGAAUUCAUGAUCACACCAGAGGUUGAUUCGGCAACAACAUUAUUUGGACUUCUUAAGACCGCACGUCUAUUGCGCCUGGUGAGAGUGGCGCGGAAACUGGACCGCUAUUCAGAGUAUGGCUUAGCGGUGGUCAUAUUACUCACAUGUCUUUUCACCUUAAUCGCCCAUUGGCUGGCAUGUAUCUGGCACGGUAUUGGCAACUUAGAGAAAAAGAAUGACAUGGGAUGGAUACGAGAGCUUACGGAAAACUUAAACCUGAAUAAUACAACAGGUCUAGAUCUCCAGACCCGCUACAUUACCGCUUUGUACUUCACACUUAGCAGCCUGACUAGUGUUGGAUUUGGAAAUGUUUCCCCAAACACUGACGCUGAGAAAAUCUUUUCAGUUUGUGUAAUGAUUAUUGGAGCUCUCAUGUAUGCCUCCAUAUUUGGUAAUUUGACUGCUAUCAUCCAAAGACUUUACUCGCGUGCGUCCCGUUUUCACCGAGAUUUGAGAGUCAUCGAGGACUUUGUCCGCUUCUAUAAAAUACCAAAGGCCACAAAAGAGGAGUUGGACGAGUAGUUUAGGCACGAAUGGGCUUAUACUAAAGGUGUUGACAUGGAAACGGUACUCAACCGCUUCCCAGAAUCUCUUCAAGCAGACGUUUGUCUCCAUUUACACAGAAAUUUAUUCACAGAAUGCGGUGGCUUUAAAACCGCUAGCGAAGGCUGUUUGCGAGCCCUGGCGCUGCGGUUCAAGAUUCGACAUUACCUGCCGGGUCACUUCAUCAUUAAACAGGGGGACGAAGUGAAGCGACUUUACUUCAUAGCCAAAGGGAAUAUUGAAGUUGUAAAAUUCGACGAGACCAUGGUAACGUUAGGCAAGGGUGAUGUUAUAAGUUGUGAUUACAGUACCGUGCAGAGCGUGUACAUCCCUAAAGCUAACGCCAGUCUUCGAGUUCAAACACACUGUGAAAUUCAUUCUGUUGCCUGGUGCGAGUUAGUUGCAGUUUUAAAGGCCUACUCAUCGUUUCGAGAAGAGUUCAUCACACAUCUCGAGUUAGCCUAUAAUCUUGGACACGAAGAAGAGGAAGAUGAAAUUAUCCUCUUCAAUGAAGAGAUAAACGCAGGCUCUCGCAGACUAUCAAACGCCAGAUCGACGUUUUCGUCGCGCUCAGGAGUUGAUAAACUGGAACGAACUGGCUCACCAACUUUUAUGAUAAAUGGCCAAAUACCUCAACAACAACAUUCACCCGUUGUCAAUCUACAUUCCCGCCAUCCUGCAGGAGGAAGUGAGCCCAGAAUCCACACUCUCAUGCCAUCAAUCCAUUCCACUCUUCCAUCAUUACACUCGCAGUUAACUUCAACUCAAGAUCACUGUACGCACGGAGCGGAAGUUAAAGUUCUCGAAAAGCGAAUCGAUAAAAUAGAAGCUCGGUUGAUAGCCAUGCAAGACCGAUUGACCGCAAAUUUUGAGAUAAUUUUAUCUCACUUACGAAGAAACAGCAGUGGUGGCUCCGCACCUGAUCUUAGAAAUACAAAUGUUUGACGGGCGAAUGAAUGUCACUUUCCGAGUGAUUGAUGAUUUGAUCACGGGAUCCAAUGACUAAUUUUUCAAGAUUAACGAGCUAACUUGCUUGUUACGGUUAUUGGCACUGUUGUAAAUAAAGUGAGAAUGGUGAUCGUGUUUAGUUGUAUAAAGCUUGAAAUGAUGAUCAGAGAUAUUUAUCGACGCAUAUGUACAUUAUAUGAACAAUUUCGCAUGCCAUGAGUGCAGCCCUUACAAUUGCGUCAAACAAUGUGUCGAUCCAUGGUUGACAAACAGAAGGAAUUCAUUUUUGUUAGAGGACAUUUAUCCAUUUAUCAACUUGUGCAAGGAAAGAUUUCUUCUUUCUUUUGCUAUUUACUACUUCUUUCUACUCGCACAACGGUUUGGACUUUGCGGAUGGUGACAAUACGCAGUAUGAGUGUUACAUAUGACCUCAUUACUGGUCUGGUCCACUUUAGAGUUCUCCGUGGCUCACUUACAGAGAAUGAGGGCCCAGAGUCCAAAGCCCUAGUAAAGGACUCCGUGUUGGGGACCCUGAUUAUCUUUGUCCUACACUCUAAAAAAUAGUUUGUAACCGAGUUUAAAGUUACCAUUUUUAUUGUUAUCAUAGAGUGCUCAUUUUUCACAAAGUUCAUGUAACUUCACCGUUACCAUUCCGUUCUUUAAUUUACCGUGCUGCAAUGAUGUCAUCGGUUCCUUACUUCCUAUGUUGGAACUGUGAACCAGUAUUUAUGGUUGAAAAAUAAUUUUUUUCUGAAAUAAAAAAAAAUCGUUCAGCUUCAAACAAUGAAAGCCUCUUUCAGACGACCGAAAUAUAAACAAUUUAAAACUGUUUGACGAUAGAGCAUUAGAGCUUUUACUAUGCUUUUUACUAUACUGUUCACUUUACUUUUCACUUGAUCUAACUGAUGAUAAUUCACAUCACUCCAGAUCGAUCGGUGAAGAAAAUAAGCUUUUUAAAUCAAACUUUUUGGUAACAAAAAAUUUACACGAUAUAUUCAUUUCAUCUGUAGGUUUAUUUGUGAUAAUUUUUUUGAAUAAAUCUGUUUGAAUACUUUU